AUGUUUUUUCUUGUCUGGACAUAUAAACUAGAUCAUCUUUUCCAUGUUCUGGAAUGUAUUUUGGUAGGUUAUUAUAUUUACCUACCUAUAGUCAAAACUCAAGGAUAUUUUCCAAAGCUUGAGAAUGUAGGAGGAUUUAAACCUGUUACCAUAGUGCCACUUAAUGCCACGUGCGGGUUGCCAGAGAGAAGUGUUUUUUGUCACAGAGACACAGACCUUAAAAGUAUUCAUAAUUGCCCUCAACUACUGUGUAUUCAAGAAUGUCCAUACAGAUCUAGCUCUCCAUCCUAUCACCAACUCCUUAACCAAAGUCGCAACACCUGCAUAAAAAAGGACAAAGAUGACUUGCAUCCUGGAUCUGAUGGCUAUUCCACAAGUUAUAUAUUUUUUGAUCACAAGGACUGUUUUGUUACUUCACCUAAUCUAAGUGUUGGAAGUUCAUUUACACUGAGCGUAUGGUUGAAACCCGAGAGACAAAAUGUAAUGUGUGUGAUAGAAAAGUCUGCUGAUGGACAGAUUGUGUUCAAACUCACAAUCUCGGAUAAAGAGACCGUGUUUUAUUAUCGCACAGUAAAUGGUUUGCAGCCUCCUAUAAAAGUAAUGACACAAGGGAGAUUUUCUGUGAAGAAAUGGAUUCAUCUUAGUGUGCAGGUGCAUUACACCAGGAUCAAUUUUUUUAUUAAUGGAUUAGAGAAAGACCAGACUGCAUUUGUCUCAAGAAACCUAAGUGAUUCCAUAUCUGAUAUCACUGAUAAUAGCAUCAUCUUACUUGGACAAAACAUCAAUGGGAUGGACCAGUUUAUUGGAAGAAUGCAAGAUUUUCGAAUGUAUCAGGUUGCCCUUACAAACAGGGAAAUAAUGGAAGUAUUUUCCAAAGAGUUCCCAUACCUACAUGUACAGUCAGAGUGCCGUUGCCCCAGCACUCACCCACACAUACAUAGUUUGGAACAAAGAUACUGCAUUCCUAAUUAUGCUGAUAAUAUGGCCAAAGACAAGACUCUGAGAUUAAAUGCUGAUGCACAUCCAGCGUCUUAUAUCAAUGAUAAUAAUCUUGGAACCACAUGGAUUUCUUCCCUAUCUUUAACAUCAGAUGUUAGGAAUGUCAUCACUAUUACAUUUGACCUAGUCAACGGACAAUAUCAGGUUUUUUAUAUCAUUCUUCAGUUUUAUAGCUUUCUUCCUUACGCUUUAAAAAUUCAAAGGAAAACACACAGAUAUUCUGAAUGGGAAGACUGGCAGUAUUUCGCAACUGAUUGUCAAUUCUUUGGAAUGGAGAACAAUGGAGUUUUAGAAUAUUCUGAUUCUAUUAAUUGUCUACAGCUCUCUAGGGCUACCCCUUUUUUUCGCAAAAAUGUGACUUUUAGUCUUCUUACUCCUGAACCCAACCAUCGCCCAGGAUACAAUGAAUUUUUCAAUACACCCAUUCUUCAAGAGUUUGUUAAAGCUUCCUUUCUCAGAAUUCAGCUGUUUAGUCACAAUGAUACAGAGUGGUCUGAUCUUUCGGCUAUCAAUUUGCGGCAGAGAUACUAUGGCAUUGAUGAAAUCACCAUCAGUGGAAGGUGUAAUUGCUAUGGACAUGCUAAAUCAUGUGACAUAAGCCGCACCCCUUAUCAAUGCCACUGUGAAAUAUCAACUCAUACUGAUGGAGAAAACUGUGAUCGUUGCUUGCCACUCUUUAACGACAAACAUUUUCACCAAGGUGAUCAAGUUAAUGCAUUUAACUGCAGACUCUGCCAGUGCAAUAACCACUCAUUCAGCUGUCACUAUAAUAUCACGCUGGACCCAUAUCCAUAUGACCACGAGAAAGGAGGAGGUGGAGUUUGUGACAAUUGUUUGCACAACACUACAGGAAGGCACUGUGAACUGUGCAAGGAUUAUUUUUAUCGACAAGUUGAUACCAAUCUUUCUGCCAUUGAUGUCUGCAAGCCCUGUGAUUGUAAUGAGGCUGGUACAGUUAACAGAAGCCUUCACUGUGAAAAGAUUGGAGGACAAUGUCAUUGCAAGAAACAUGUGUCAGGCAGACAGUGUAAUCACUGCAAGCAUGGCUUCUUUAAUCUUCAGCGAUCAAAUUGUUUCGGCUGCCGUCCAUGCAAAUGCAACACUUCUGGGACAGUAAAUGGAGAAGUGAAAUGUCACCAAACCUCAGGCCAAUGCAAGUGCAAACCAAACGUCACUGGUCUUCAAUGUGAUCGCUGCAACUUGGGAUUUAAACAAGAUAUAUCAGGAAAUAGGAGUUGUAUACCCUGCAAGUGCAAUUCAUAUGGCUCCAUCAAUCAGUUCUGCAAUCCUAUCAAUGGACAGUGUAAAUGCAGGGAACACGUCAAAGGAGUAGACUGUGACACAUGCAUUGACAGUUAUUAUGGUUUGGAUUCCGCUGGCUGUAAACAUUGUGAUUGCAAUAAAGAGGGAAUUAUCCCUGAAACAGUUUGUGAUGCUGUGACAGGUCAGUGCGUUUGUCGGCCUUAUAUUGGUGGAAGACAGUGCAAUGAAUGCUUGGAUGGUUUUUAUAAAAUACUAGAAGACAAUUCUAUGAUGUGCAUUCCUUGUAAUUGUGAUGUCUCAGGGACAAUAAACCACUCUCAAUCUUGUGACAAAACAACAGGUCAAUGUUUCUGCAAAGCUGGUGUAACUGGCCAACAAUGCAAUCUAUGCAAGCCUCAUAUGUACAAUCUGACCAUUGGCUGUCAUUACUGUGACUGUGACCCCCUUGGGACAUUAGCAAACACAGUGUGUGACCAAGUGAAUGGGCAAUGUGAAUGCCUUCCAAAUUAUCAAGGAAGAAGAUGUAACCAGUGUCUGCCAGGUUUUUAUUCAUCCAGUCUCCAUGGCAUGGCGUGCAUUUCAUGUUCUUGUCACACAAAGGGGGCCGUUAAUAAGAUCUGCAAUUUUACAAAUGGUCAGUGCACCUGCAAAGAUUUGACUGUAAAUGGACAAAAAUGUGAUCAAUGCAGUGCCUUCUUCUUUGGAUUUGACUCCAGCAAAGGAAGUUGCCAACCAUGUAAUUGCAAUCCAGCCGGCUCAACUAAUGGAACGUGCCAUUCUCUAACUGGCCAAUGUUUUUGUAAAGAAUUUGUACAAGGUUACAAGUGUGCUGAUUGUACUGAAGAUGCUAGCAGUCUGGAAGAACAGAACCCAUAUGGAUGCAGCAAAACUCCCUUCCAACAGCCACCACCUAUUGGACAUGUUGUUAAUAGCACUGCUAUCAGACUUAUGUGGCACCCGCCAGAUUCGACCAAUACCAAUAAAAUGACCUAUGUGUUGUACCGAAAUGAACAGGAAAUCUUUACCACUACAGACUUCCAUCCAUUCAGUUUUCAGGAUUAUACAGAUACAGCUUUAGUGCCUUAUACUGUCUAUUCUUACCAUGUUGAUGCAAAAAAUGUGCAUGGUUUAACCAGAAGUACCAAUGUGUUUUACCAAACAAAAGCUGGAUCACCAAUUGGAGACAUAAAUUUAUAUCUUGAUUAUCCGGCUGGUCCAUUCUCUGCCUCAUUGCACUGGAUAUUCACUUCAAAUGAUUCAAGUCCUAUAGAGAGAUUCAUAUUAACUCACACAUCAAUAAAAUCAUCAGAACCUAAUGUGUCUUAUGAAGGACUUAAAUCAUCAAUGACAGUUCACAAUCUGGUCCCUUUUACAAAGUAUAACUUUUUUGUCCAAGCAUGUACUGUUGAAGGAUGUCUGCAAAGUAAACCAGUCACAGUAAUAACAGCUCAAGCGCCUCCAGUAUUUCAAGAACCACCAGUUAUGAUAAACACCAGCUCUUCUGAAAUUCACUUACAGUGGGCUGCACCCUUACAUGCAAAUGGAAUUAUUAUAAGAUAUGAACUGUACAUGAGGAGUAUCACACAAUCAGACGAUAAUCCUAUUCAGUCCGAAAAGCGUGUAUUUCAGGCAAGUGGAUGGCUCAAUCCUCAGCCAGUUGUGGAGUCUCAAAAUGAAAAUGCCUUGAUGCCACCUCCUACCAAUACAGUUGUCACUAACUUAGAACCAAAUACAAAAUAUGAGUUUUGUGUUGUGUCAGUUAACAUGGCUGGCAGUAUAUCUUCAGAAUGGAUAACUAUGAAAACAGAAGAAUCUGAGCCUGUCUUUAUGCCACCUCCAUCAGUAUUUCCACUUUCAUCAACAUCUCUGAAUGUGUCCUGGGAAAAACCAAACAACCGCAUGGCAAGAGGAGAAAUUACUGGGUUUACAAUCAAUGUCAUAUCACAGGAUAUUCCUGACAAUUCCCAUACAGGGGAAACCUCAGAGGUAUUAUAUGUGGCGGAAAAUCAUGAAUUAUUUCACAUAGUGACAGCCUUAAAAGUAUAUCACAUAUACGUCUUCACAAUAACCCUCUGCAAUAAUGUUGGUUGCGUGACUAGUCGUCCGGGCAUGGGACAGACCUUAGCUGCAGCCCCAGGAAAUAUACAUGAGCCUUCAGUGACUGGAAUCAACAGCACAACAAUGAGAAUUUCAUGGGCUUCACCCCUGCAGCUCAAUGGCCCUUCCCCGACUUACCUGCUUGAGAGGACAGAUCCAUCGUUCACUAUAACAAGUAAAACAGACUUCAUAAAAGGAAUUCAUUUUCCAGGAAAUGGUUAUCUCAAGUUCUCAUCGUCUACACUGCCAGAGAAUACUUAUUUUACAGGUAUUAAAAUACAAUUCAGAACCAAGGAACUAGAUGGGUUGAUUCUCUGUGCAGUGUCAGCUGGAAUGCAAGACGAAUACAUAGCACUACAAAUAAGAAACGGACGUCCUUAUUUCCUAUUUGAUCCACAGGGAUCAGCAGUGGCAGUUAGCCCAACUAAUGAUGAUGGAAGACUUUAUAAUGAUAAUAAAUGGCAUCAGAUUGUAGCUACAAGAAAUCAGGCCACAGGUUACAUAAGAGUGGAUGGAAGAUAUACAGGUUCUUCAUCAGCCCUAAGUGGCAGUACUAUUAUUGGCGAAAACACUGGGGUUUAUAUUGGAGGAUUUCCAAAGGACUUUGUGUUAAGAAGAAGUGACACAGGGGAUGCAAAAAUAACAAAAAAGAGUUUUGUUGGUUGCCUGGGUGAUAUUUUUAUAAAACAAAGGGAAAAUCUUCAGGAAAUUUGGGAAGCUUUGGAUUGGGAGCAAGCAGAAUUAAAGCUUAAUGUAUAUGACAAAUGGGAAGGAUGUCCUGAGAAUCUGCAUGAAGGUGUACACUUUCUUAGCUUUGGUUUCCUUGAGCUUUUCCCAUCGGUAUUUCCUGAAGGCUCAGACUUUGAAUUAUCAUUUAUGUUUAAAACUGAUCAACUGAAAGGAAUUCUCCUAUUUGUCUACGAUACUAAUGGACCUGAUUACCUUCUUGCACAACUGGACAAUGGAAUUUUAAGUUCUAAACUUAAAAGCAAUUCUGUUCCUAUUCAAUUAAACCUUUGGGCAGGACUUUCUUACUGUAAUGGAAAAUGGAACAAAGUAACUUUAAAAAAGGAAGGAUCCAUAUAUUUAAUACAACUCAAUAAUUUGAUAGAACGGUUUGAAGGACUGAGUAUCCUGCAGUCAAAAAUACAUCUAAAUUCUAAUGUAUAUAUCGGGGGUGUCCCAGAUGAUAUUCAAGAGCUCUUUCCAGAUCUUGAUUUGCAACAUGGUUUUGGGGGAUGUAUAAAGGACACACAAUUUAUAGAAGGUUUGUUUAUUAACUUUGCAUCUGUAUCCAGAAGUGCUGUCAGAGUCAUUCUAGAGGGAUGCCCAGCAACAGAUAGUUUGGUUAACUGCAGAGGAAAGGACUCUGUUAUUGUGUAUCAAGGAAAAGAGGAGACUGUUUAUGAGCGUGGCCUACAGUCCUUUACAGAAUAUCUGUACAGAGUGACUGCUUCAAAUGAAAGAGGAUCAGGAACUAGUAGCUGGAGUCGAGGACGUACAAGAGCAGUAGUUCCAGAAAAUUUGAAAAUUCCCUUAAGAGUUCUCAACAUAAAUGCACACAGCGUGGAGGUUACCUGGGACAGACCUUCUGGGGUCACAGGAGUAAUUGAGCAGUACAUUUUGAAAGCAUAUCCUGAAAACAGUCCAAAUAUAUUUACCAGCAAUGCUUCAUUUCCUGAUAACAACAUUGCUAGUGGAACCGUGAGUGGCUUGCAACCCUUCACUAUGUAUGCUGUAACUGUAUCUGUGUGCACUUCGGCUGGGUGCAGUGAAAGCUCACAUGCAUUGAACAUCUCAACUCUUCAAAAAGCUCCAGAAGAAAUGCAAGCCCCUCUUGCUUUAUCCUUUCCUGAUUCAUUAUAUUUACAUUGGCUACCACCAAAAAAGCCAAAUGGAAUCAUAAUUCAGUACAUUUUAUAUAUGAAUGGAAACCAGAUAUAUAUUGGGAAUGCAACAGAGCAUAAUGUAACUGCAUUGGAAACAUUUACACCACACCAGUUUCUGCUUAUUGCCUGCACAACCGUUGGCUGUACAAACAGUUCCCAGGUCACCUUGUUCACAGCACAGCUGCCACCAGCCUAUGUUUCUCCACCAGUACUAACAGUUUUGAAUUCUACAAGUUUAUAUGUCCAGUGGGAAAAACCCAAACAAAUCAAUGGAAUUCUUGAUUGUUAUAUGUUACAUAUUUCAAACAAUUUGAACAAUAGAAGCUCAUGGAAUACUAUUUACAAUAGCUCUGAACUUUUUGUAGAUUACACUAUUCAUAAACUCAUUCCUGGUACAAAAUAUUUUGUCAAAAUAAGUGCGUGUACAAAAGGAGGAUGUGCCACUAGCGACUACAGCAUGGCUAUAACAGAAGAAAGCUUACCACAAGGAAUUCCAGUGCCCAACAUUUAUUCUUACUCAACUGACUCUUUUAACAUCUCAUGGUCUGAGCCACAACAUCCAAAUGGUAUUUUAACAGAGUAUGGCUUGUAUAUGGAUGGAAUUUUAAUGCAGAAUUCUUCACGUAGCAGUUACUUUGUUGAUGGACUGUCUCCCUGGAGUAAAUAUUCCUUUAGGCUUCAAGCAUGUACUGCAAAAGGCUGUGCCCUAGGUCCAAAAGUUGAGGCAUAUACUCAGGAAGCCAAACCGGAAGGAUUUGUACUAGUGCAUGCAAUCACAGAGGGGCCACGUGGAAUACAGAUAAAAUGGCAAGGGCCAGAGAACCCCAAUGGGCAACUAACUUAUGCUGUCAUUUUUAAUGGAUUAUUUUAUGAAAUGAAAGGCGAUGAUAUCUAUGCAGUUAUCAAUGAGCAGAGAGUAUUACACAGCAGUAUUGAUAAAAAUAAAUGGGUCUUUAUCGGUGGCCUAAUUCCAUAUUCUAACUACAGCAUCCAUGUGAACGCUUCCAACAACCAAGGCUAUGUAAUAAGUGAUGAAAUCAUAUUAACUAUGCCAUCUGGAGCUCCAGAUGGUGUGUUGCCUCCAAGGCUUUCAUCUGCCACUCCGACCAGUCUUCAGGUUGUUUGGUCUACACCAGUCCGCAAUAAUGCUCCUGGCUUGCCCUGCUACCGACUCCAGAUGAGGACCACAAAAUCAACCAAUGAAACGAUAGAAUUAUUAUCUGGUCCCAGUGCUUCCGUAUCUCAUGCAAUUAAAGAUCUACAGCCAUUUACCAAAUAUCAACUAAGAAUAGUUGCAUCCAAUAAAUAUGGAGACACCAAUAGCAAAUGGGUUACUAUGUCUACAAAAGAAGACAAACCUGGAACAAUAGAUCCACCUCUACUCUUCAGUGCAAAAUCCAGGUCUCUAAAUAUUACUUGGUACCAUCCCAAAAAACCCAAUGGCAUCAUCACACACUACAAUAUUUAUCAAAAUGGAAGUCUAGAAGGGAUCAUUCCUGGGAAUUCCUCAGAAUAUGAAAUUCUUAAUCUGAAUCCACACACAGUAUAUGGAUAUCAUGUUGAAGCAUGCACAUCUGCAGGAUGUUCAGUAUCUUUGAAGUCCAUAUAUAUGACGCUUCCUGAUGCACCUAGUGGUGUACAAGCACCUGACCUCUACUCAGAUUCUCCCACAUCUGUCACAAUAAGAUGGACAUCUCCACUUUAUCCAAAUGGGUUGAUAGAAAAUGUCACAAUUGAAAGGAGGCUAAAGGGAGCAGAGGAAGUGAAUGAGCUAGUGACUUUACCAUUGAGUAACCCAAUGCACUUCACAGACCAAACAACUGACGUAAGCCCUUGGAAAACAUAUGAAUACAGGAUAGUAAUGUCAACUGUUAAUGGUGGGAAAAAUGCCAGUGCUUGGGCUGAGGUAACAACGAGACCAUCCAGGCCUGGUGGUGUGGAGCCUCCUGAAGUAAUUAUCUUAAGCCCGUGUAGUGCCAAGGUGAGUUGGAAAAUUCCAAUCAUGCAAAAUGGAGAUAAACUAAACUAUGAGAUUCGAAUGCCUGAUCCGAGGAUUUCUAUAGUUAAUACUACAAUGCUAAGCUAUACUGUGACAAAUCUUAUUCCAUAUACUAACUAUUCUGUGACCAUUGUGGCUUGCUCUGUUGGUGGAAUUUAUCAUGGAGGAUGUACAGAAAGUCUACCUACGUAUGUCACCACUGAUCCGACAAUCCCUGAGGGUAUUAGUCCUUUGUCAGCGACGCCAAUCAGCGAGACAGUUAUUGCUAUCUCAUGGCAGCCUCCUUUAAGACCUAAUGGACCAAAUUUAAGAUAUGAACUCCUGAGACGUAAAAUCCUGCAACCACUUGCAUCAAAUCCCCCUGAAGAUUUAAAUCUGUGGCAGAAUAUUUACUCAGGAACUCAGCGGUUUUAUGAAGAUAAGGUUCUUAGCAGGUAUACUUCAUAUGAAUACAGACUGAUAGUGCAUAACAUGGUAGGAUAUUCAAUUAGUGCUGAUGUGGUGGUAACAACAAUGGCUGGAUAUCCCAUAAGAGGAAGCAAUGCUACUGCACUGGCUAUUAAUCACACUGCUAUAGAGGUUGAAUGGACCAAGCCCACUUUGCAAGAUUUGCAGGGGGACGUUGAACUUUAUACUCUGGUCUUGAAAUCAUCCAAGUCUAACAAGUCUCUGACAUUUCAAGCAGAUGUGAACCAUUUCAUAAUUGGUGACUUGUAUCCAAAUACAAAAUAUCAACUAUAUCUUCAAGUUUUCAAUGGGGCUCAUAGUAUAAAUAGUGACUUGGUCCAUGUGACUACACUGGAUGGAGCGCCUGAAGGCAUGUUCCCCCCAGAGGUUGUCACCAUCAACAGUACAGCUGUACAAGUCAUCUGGACACCGCCUUCAAACCCAAAUGGUUUUGUCAAAAGAUAUUCCAUCUAUGUAAAUAAUAAGCUAUACAAUACUGAAAGGAAAACACCAAUACCAUUUAUCCUGGUGGACCUGCUACCAUUUGUAGUGUAUAAUAUACAGGUGGAAGCGUGCACAACAUAUGCAUGUAUAAAAAGCAAUGGUACUCAAAUUGCAACCCUUGAGGAUAAACCAACUAAAAUGCUACCACUCAAUGUCAGCAACAUACAAUCAAGGUAUAGGAGGAUACUUCAUGAUCUUUUGGACUGGGCGGUGAUGAUUGGUGCUAUAACUAAGUCAAAUUUUGAGUUUCUGUUGGUUGAACAUUCUAUUGUACCAAUUUUCCAUUACCUCCCAAAGAUCCAUAAGAGUAUGACCUCGCCUCCAGGACGCCCCAUAGUUGCGGGCAUUGGUUCAUUGAAUGAACCAUUAAGUGCCAUGAUAGACACUCUACUACAACCUAUUGUAUUGAGUCUUAGGAGCUAUAUCAGGGAUACGACAGAAUUCAUUAAACAGAUUGAGCAAGUGGAAUGGUUGGAUGACCAUAGCAUUGUCCCCAUUGAUGUUGUGUCCCUCUAUACCUCCAUCCCUCAUGACAAGGGCGAUGAUUCGAUAAUAGAUGACUUUUUUGAUUAUCUAUCUGACAAUCAUCAGAACCUGCGGUUUACUAUGAACACGAGUAGAAAGGAAAUGCCUUUCCUUGAUGUGCUAAUAAAACCUAAUAUUGACACACAUAGCAUAGGAGUAGAGUUAUACAGGAAGGAGAGUGCAGGAAAUACCCUUCUGAUGGCUAAAUCUAACCAUCCAAGACAUGUUAUAAAGGCCAUACCAAAAGGCCAGUACAUGAGGACAAAAAGAAACUGCAGCACUACAGAGGCAUACGAAGCACAUUCAGAGAAAACUACAGAACGUUUUUUAGAGAGGGGAUAUAAAAUACAGGAUCUAAAAGAGGCCAAGAAACAAGUAGAUUCCAUGGCUAGACAAGAGAUGAUUAAAGGCAAAUGGAGGGAAAAGGUUGAUUACCAGCAGAGACCUGUGUUUAUUACAAUGUAUAGCAAAGAGUAUAAUGACAUCUGUCAAAUUAUUAAAAAGUCCCUCCCUAUUCUUAGUGUUGAUGAGACUAUGGAUAAGAUCAUAGAGGGAGGAUGUAAAUAUGUGACACGUAAAUUGAGAACAUUGGCCAACAUUCUUUCCCCAUCAAUGCUUCCCACAAGUACUACAGAUAAUUGGCUCACACCUAAGAAUGUUUUUUUCCACUGUGGAAGUAGAAAAUGUACAUCAUGUUCAUAUGCCACAUUGGGUGAUACCUUUAAAUCUACAGGUGACGAAAAGUCUUUCAAAAUUAAAGAGUACAUAAAUUGUAAUACUUCGUACGUGAUAUAUUUACUCACGUGCAAACUUUGCAAUAUAAAGUAUGUUGGUCAAACGACCAGAACCCUGAAAACUAGAAUUUUGGAGCAUUUGAGGUCAAUUGGAGAUGAGAAUUCAGACACUCCAGUUGCCCUGCAUUUUAAGAAUGAACACAAUGGGAACAAAAGUCUACUAAGUUUUCAGGCUGUUCAGGAUGAUAUCCUGACUUUGGAAACUGAGGUUGACAACAAUGCUGUCGCCCCCAAUCUCACUUAUAAAGAACGCAUGGCUAUUAAGUCUUUAAGAGAUGACUGUGAUAUUGUCAUAAAAAAUGCAGAUAAGGGCGGCAGCAUUGUUGUCAUGGACAAGAGUUAUUACUUUGAGGAAGCACUCAGCCAGCUCAAUAAUGAUAAAAUAUAUCGUAGACCAAUAGUCUCUGGCAUUGGUUCCCUGUUUGAACCCCUGGGAGCAUGGAUUGACACCAUCUUACAACCCAUUGCCAGGGGACAGUUGAGCUUCCUGGAGGAUAACUCACAUUUACUUAGAAAAUUGGCUCAAAUCCAGUGGAAGGACCAAUAUACUUGGAUCGUAGUGGAUAUCUCAUCCUUAUACACCUGUAUCCCACAAUUUAUGGGGGUUUCAAUUGUUGAAUCGUUUCUGGACAAAGACAUGAACUUUGAUGAUGCCACACGAAUGUAUGUUGGCGAUGUCUUGAGAUCAGCACAGAUUGAAUGGUCACCACCAGGGGAGCCAAAUGGCAUCAUUCUUGGCUACAAUCUCAUUCGCAGAACCUUAAACCCAUGUGUGAAUGUACAGAAAUCUGUAAUGGACCAAGGUGACCAAUCAUGCUCAUUUCUAAAGUGCAGAAUUUAUGAGGAGGCCUGUGGAGGUCUGUGCUAUAAUCCACAGAACCAGAUUGUAAAAGACACAACUCAUGUGCUCUCUAGACUUGAAGACGUGACUUGGGAGUCGGGAUACAGCUGGAUUACCAUCGAUGCUGUGUCCCUGUACUCCUCUAUACCUCAUGAGUGUGGCCUAAAAGCAGUAUCUUACUUUUUGAGAAUGGAGACUGACCUCUCCCUUGAGCAUAGGGAUGUGGGCCUGAGUUUCACCUUUGAGUGGAAUCAGACUAGUGUCAACUACCUGGAUGUGACCCUCAGUUUUGAUGCUUCAACUAGGGGGGUGUCCUCAUCUCUUUAUAGGAAACCUAUUUCCGGGAACACGCUGUUGCAUGCCAGAAGCAGUCACCCCCGGCAUGUUUUUAAAGGCAUUGCUAAAGGCCAAUUCAUGCGGAUUAAAAUAAAUUGUUCACGGGAAAAGGAUUUCCUUAAAGAGAGUGAGGUACUAAAAUCUAGAUUGAAGGACAGGGGGUACCCCAAGAAUUUGUUCAACAGGGCCUUCUCUGAGGUAUCGGCUAUGGACAGAAAAAGUGUCCAUGGACGGCAAAGAGAAAACAAAUUAAUGCAUCAUCCUUCUUCUAAGUUUAAACCUACCCUGGUUACGGCAUUUUCUAAUCAGUUCGACAAAGUUUGCAAGGUAAUCGAGAAGAAUUUGCCUAUUCUCCGUGGUGACAUGGUUUUAAGGAAAAUUAUGGAUGAUGGUUGUAAUUUCAUUUACAAGUGUAAUUUAACCUUGGGUAACAUCUUGUCCCCUAGUAUGCUGCCACAAAAGGAUAGUGGUAGCUCCUGGCUGAAGGUGUGCUGCAAUGAAGUGUUGCAUAACAGAAAGGCUGGAUACGAAUGCUGUGAGGAUAAGUACAUACAAUACGCCUUCAACUCUUCAGUAACUUGUUGUGGUGGCCAAAUUCACAUGGUUCUGGAAGAGCAUCAGUGCUGUGGAGGAUAUUAUACAAAAGUCAGACCAGGAGAAAUUUGCUGCUAUAAUAGACAAGAGAACAGAGUGUCUAUUGGAAAUGGAGAUUUGUGCUGUGGAGAUGUUCCAUUCUCAACAUCUAGAAAUCAAAUUUGUUGUGGCGAGACCCUACACAAUGUCUUCAAUCAACAGUGCUGUGGUGGGAAGAUAAUAGGACAGGAUGUUGUUUGCUGUGGUGAUAAGGAAAAAGGGGAAACCUACAAGCAGACUACUGCUUACCCUCAUAAUCUCUUCACCAUGCCUCACGUGUCCAGGAGACAAGGGAAGACCCCCACUGUCACCAAAAAGACUGUUUAUGACCAUUUUACUGAAUCCGGUAAAGAACCUAAUUUAGUUCCCAAUGAGGAGUUAAGUGACCCUGAAUCACUUGAUGCUGAAUCUCACUCGAGAAAUCCAAUGCUCCUCUGCGGAACUGAAGAAGGAAAUUUCAGAGAUUGUGAAAGAGCCGAAGCACUUGAGCGAAAACAAGAUGAUCUAGUAGUAAAUCAGACGAACCUGCUGACUUACUCUGAAACUCUAGCAAACCAGAUGAUUCAACUUGAAUUUAAAAUGGCGGACAUUGAGGACAGAUCCCGCAGAAAUAACAUCAGGUUUAGAGGCAUCUCGGAGACUGUAGAGACCACUGACCUACAUUCUUUCCUGAGGGAACUGUUUGCAGAACUUGUUGGUUCCCCAGAAGGGUUAACUGAUACAAUGGAAAGAGCCCACAGAGCUUUAAGAUCGCAAUCUGUUCCUGCUGAAAAACCAUGGCAUGUAAUAGUCUGCUUCCAUAGUUAUAUUUAUAAAGAUAAAUUAAUGCAAGCAGCUUUCAAAAGACCGAACUUGUCAGAGAAAUUCAAAGACAUACAACUCCUGCCUGACCAAUCGGCUCAUACACUACAGUACCGCAAAACUUUCCAACCAAUCACCUUAGCUCUCAGGAAAGCUAAUAUCAAAUAUCGAUGGGGACACCCCACAAACCUGGUGGUUACAAGAAAUAAUCAAAGCCAUAUAAUAUCUACCAUCCCUCAGGGCAUGGCUCUCCUCACCACCUGGGCAGAAAACCUUGACCAAGUAAAACACUCUAAUAUUUCCCUAUGCCCAUGGUCUGACCAUGACCUAGCUACAGUGACUUUCUGUUCAAUAGAACAAAACAGCACAAGACCCUCCUGGCGCCUUCCACACCACGUCUUCCAGGAUGCUUCUUUUAAAGAAAUUCUCAGAAAAGAUAUCAUAUUCUAUUCCCAAUCUAACGACAACAGACAGGUUAGGGAUGAUACUCUUUGGGGCGCAGCAAAAGCCACAUUUAGGGGCCUUAUAAUCCAGAGACAAGCUCAUCUAAAAAAACUCUUGGGUCUUCCCCUCUCUAUGUCUCAUAUUGAGCUACGCAGACUAGAACUCCUUAAUAGAAGCGCACCCUCGGACAUUACCAUAGACAAAAUUACAAAGAUUAAAAAUCAUAUUAAUCAGUUGGAACUAAAGCAUACCCAAGCCAACCUAUUUAAGUUAAAACAGAUCUCUUAUCACAAGAGUAAUGAGGCUGACACAUUUUUAGCUAAUAAGCUUAAAAACAGGGCAAGUUUAUCCAGAAUCCACCAUAUCCAAUCUGGAAAUCAGAUUUAUCGAAAACCCUCAGAGAUAGGCGCAUGCUUCGAAAAAUUUUACUCAAAACUAUACAAUUUAGAAAACAUUCAGGGUCAUUCACUAGCCCCUACCACUAAUAUUCAUUCCUUCCUAGACAACUUAAAACUCCCUAAACUGUCAUUAGAUGACCAAGAAGCGCUCUCAUCCCCUUUUACACUUAAAGAAAUUAAACAUGUAAUAACACAUAUGAAAACCUUUAAAACCCCGGGCCCAGGUGGCUACUCGGCAUCUUUCUAUAAAACAUACAUAAACAAACUAGCCCCACUACUCCUUAAAUUUUUCAAUCAGGCUAGAGAAGAAGGGAACUUUGCCAGAGAAUUCCUAGAAGCCACGGUAAUAACUAUCCCUAAACCACAAAAAGACCCAUCCCUUUGCUCCAAUUAUAGACCAAUAUCUUUAAUAAAUUUGGACGUUAAAAUCUACGCUAAACUGUUCGCUAUCCGUAUAUCUAAAUUAUUACCGCAACUCAUAAACUUAGACCAAGUCGGGUUCAUCCCAAACCACGAGGGCCCUGACAACACUAGACGACUGCUAAACAUUUGCACUGAAUCUACUAGACUUAACAAGCCAUUCUCUGCAAUCUCGUUAGAUGCAGAGAAGGCUUUUGACCGCGUAAGGUGGUCUUACCUAUGGGAGGUCCUCAGGACCUUUGGCUUUCCUGACCAAAUUGUUAAGGUGAUCCAGGCAUUUUAUUCGGCUCCCUCAGCAACGGUCAAGGGACUGGGAUUCCUUUUCCUCCCCUUUCCAAUCUCCAACGGCACUAGACAGGGGUGUCCUCUUUCACCUCUGCUCUUUGCCCUUGCGAUUGUACCGCUAGCUGAACAAAUCAGACAAGACAGGAAAGUAGACGGCGUUCGAAGGGUCUGCUGUGGCAGCGAGUAUGUGAAUAUUUCAGAAUAUACUUGCUGUUUGGGUUCCAAUGGAAACUUUAAAGUACAUCUGAAACAACACAACAACGAACAAUUCAAAUGCUGUAGCACUUUUCUCAUCCCAGUAAAAGAAGAAUGCUGUAACAGUGUUGGAUAUAAUCCAACAACUCAUAUAUGUUCAGACAAAAUAACAGCAGAAAUCUAUACCAAGGAAGAAAAGUGUAAUUUUCAUGUUGUGUGUCCCAUAUCAUUGUCUGCAACUGCAUAUUGUGGAGAAUGUCGUUUUGAUUCAUCUACUGAGUCUUGCUUCUGGUCCAGAGGAACUUUUAAUAAUUACACAAACACCACUGUGAAAGGGGAGAGUCUGUGCCAAACUAAAGAAAAGAUCAUUUAUGCUGGAGAUCCAGAUAAAUACACUUUUACUGAUAUCAACCUUGAUCCAUUCACUACUUAUGAAUACAGAGUUUCUUCAUGGAAUAGCUUUGAUAAUGUUCUCAGUCCUAUAAGUAGAAUACUUACUAAAGAAGAUAAACCUCAAGGAAUACGACCUCCAAGAUGGGCCAAUGUGGACAAUAAUGAAGAUAUGAUCAUUUUAAAAUGGAACAAACCUUCUAGACCCAAUGGUGUUGUUCAUUAUAUUGUUGUUCGUGAUGGAAUAGAGAUAUUUAGGGGUCAGGAACAAAGUUUCAAAGACAAAAGAGGAAUUCGUCCAUUUAUUGAAUACGUCUACCAGCUUAGAGCAUGCACAGCUGCUGGCUGUUUAGAAAGUGAUAAGGUUAUUGCAGCUACUAAACUAGCUGUUCCACAAGAUGUUUCUCCACCAAAUAUUCUGCCUGUGAACUCUACCGCAUUGCAUUUGAUUUGGUCAACACCUAAAACACCUAAUGGUAAAAUCAAGGAGUAUCAGAUUUAUCAAACUGAUGAAGGUCUUGUCUAUACAAGUACAACCGGAAAGAAGCAAUACACUUUAGGAGGUUUGGAACCUUAUACAAACUACAGCUUCUCACUCAUAGCCUGCACAUCUGCCGGAUGCACUGCCAGUGAAGCUUCUUCAAGUCAAACAUUGCAAGAUUCUCCCCAGGGAGUGUGGUCAAAGCCCUGUCACAUCAAAAUCAAUGCAUCAGUACUGGAACUAUAUUGGAACGAACCAGAUAAGCCCAAUGGGAUUAUUUCUCAGUACAGACUUAUACGGAACAGAGAAGUCAUUUCCACAAGAAGUGGAGAAUAUCUGAAUUUCACUGAUGUUGGCCUGCAGCCCAACAGCAGGUAUAUUUACCAGCUGGAAGCCAGCACCAAUGCUGGAAGUAAUCUAAGUAAGAUUUAUGUCAUUGAAACGUCACUUGCAACUCCAGAAAAAAUCUCAGUCCCAAACAAUGUGACUGUGUUGGGACCUCAUUCUUUAUUUUUAUCUUGGGAUACCCCAGGUACAUUUGAUGCCAAAGUAAAUUUGAAAUAUAACAUUUUGUUGAAUGCUUGUGCAACUGAUUCACAAGUUUAUGCUGCUGGGGAAGAGCACUUUAUUAUCUUAGAAGAUUUAAAUCCAUAUACUCAAUAUAAUAUAAGACUACAAGCAUGCCAGAAUGGUAGUUGUGGUGUAAGUGAUAAUGUGUGUGCCAGAACUGUUGAAGCAAUUCCGGAGGACCUUAACCUCCCACAUGUUAUGGCACUUGGACCCAAAACUGUUAAGGUGCAAUGGGCUCCACCUCUAAAGCCAAAUGGGAUAAUCCACCAAUAUUUCAUUCACAGUGCUCAUUCGGUUGGGUAUCUGCAACGGGACCUGGAUGCCCAGAAGCAGGAGUUGACACGCUUGGAGAAAACCCUGAAGUCGUCAUUAUCGAUGGAUGACCUUAACAAACUGCUGACAUCUGUGAAAACAUCAAUUGCAGAAUUAAAAUCUACAAUCGAAAAUAGGAAGAGGCAAAAAUUCCAAAGAGACGAAGAAGAUUAUAGAAGUGGUAAUGUAUACCGCUGGACCCAAGAUGAUAACAGGAAGAAACCGGGCUCCAAUAGAUGGCGUAGACAGCGCUGCAAACGUAAGCCCGUCGUCAUCAGCAAACGACUCCUCGGGGGACUCAGGAGGAAGUGGAGGAGAGGCGGCAGAAAACAUCGCCGCAAACAAGACGGAUACGGUUCGAAAAGUCUCCAAGUCACAGAGGGUAACCCGGAGCAGGAACAUCCGCAACUAACGGUGAACAUCUCGAGCCAUGAAUUAACAGACAUUGAGAAAGAGAGGGACUUGCAUGCCUUUUUUAGAAAUAUAAAGUUAAAGGCAUUUUUUUCAAAUCAUGACAAAACCACUGUUAACCCUAUAGGGGAAGGCAAUUCACUAUUGGGUAAUAAUAAUCUUUUGCUGGAUGUAUUAAAUCUGAGAAAUAAGAGUUUGUUUACACCUAGUGUAUAUAACAACAGCAUUGAAACAUUUAUACAACUAGUCCUUAAAGAUAUUGAUGUGUUAAAAGAUGUCACAUCUUUGUACACAUCAAUCACACAUGAGAGUGGGCUAGGAGCUAUGAGACAAGCUAUUUUCACUAGCAAUAGUUUUACUGAUUUUCAGUGUGAAUUUAUCCUAGAAUUGUUACAAAUGGUCCUCUACUGCAAUUCUUUCCUCUUUCAGGAUUCAUUUUACAUCCAAUGCCAAGGCACUGCAAUGGGGUCCAAUGUCGCCCCCACAUAUGCCAAUGUCUUCAUGAAUAUCUAUAAGGAGAGGCGUAUUGCUGGAAAUGAGAAUGACGUUCUUGUAUUCACUUGGUCUGCAGGAAUUUUAGAGUAUGUGGACUCUUCAAAUGAUCUGCAGCCUUAUACAGCAUAUGAAUAUAGUGUUACAGCCCAAAACCUCAUGGGCUAUGUGGAAAGUUUAUGGACUUUAAUUCAUACCCUUGAGGCUGCACCAGAGUACAUAGAAUCUCCUUUUGUUCACGUACUGAGUGCUUACUCUCUGUUUGUGAACUGGACGCAGCCUGGUUUUCCUAAUGGGGUUAUAAAGUAUUAUCGUGUCAUUUAUAAAGUGAGUCGUGGUGAUCAAACUCCCAACCACAACAUCAGAGCAUUAACUGUAAAUGUUCUAAAGAUAUCUGAUAUCUCCUGCUUUGAUGCAAAAUGUGAGAAACGUGCAGCAGGGAUUGAAGUGGAUUCUUCUGUCAAAGGAGCAUCCACAGGCCAUUGGGGUUGCAGACUAGGAGAGGGUUUAGUUUUGCAGCUGGAGCUGGCCAUGGGCGACUGUUCUGCGGCAAAGUAUGAGGGCAUGGGUACAUUCCAUCAUGCUGAAGUAUUUGGUCUGCUUCCUGCUACAAUAUAUGAUAUUUGCAUCGAAGUUAUAAACAGUGCUGGAAAAAUGUCAAGCCCAUGGAUUUUUGUGCAAACAUUGGAAGCCUCUCCAAGUGGACUGAAUAAUUUUACUGUGGAAAAGAAAGAGACUGGCAGAGCUUUACUUCUUAAGUGGCAGGAGCCAAAAAGGACGAAUGGAAUACUAAAGAUGUAUAACAUUUUCAGUGAUGCCCAUCUUGAAUACAGUGGUCUGACCCACCAGUUUUUAUUCCGACGCCUUGAAUCAUAUACAAAUUAUACAUUAGUUCUAGAAGCUUGUACUGCAGCUGGUUGCACAAGGACUUUCCCUCAAAUUAUACAAACAGAUGAAGCUUCACCUAUAUCUCAGGCGCCACCUGAGGCCCAGUUACUUAACAGCAGUAAAAUUGAACUAAAAUGGUCCCCUCCGAUUCACCCAAAUGGCAAAGUUACACACUAUAAUAUAAUAAAGAGGAGUGAACAAGCAAAUUCUUCUAGAAAAACAAGAGAUGAAAAAAUUAUCUACACAGAAAUUGAGACUGAUCGUACUAUAUUUAAAUAUACUGAUGAAGAGUUACACCCCUGGACAAGUUAUGAAUAUAAAAUACGUGCAUGGAAUUCUGCUGGACAUACAGAUAGUUUGUGGACAGCUGUUCAAACAGGACAAGCAGCACCCAGCAGACUUCCACCUCCCAAAGUGUUUCAUGUAGAAGAUAGUCCUCAUCAGUUGACAAUCUUUUGGGAAAAACCAGGAGAGGAAAAUGGCAUAAUACUUUCAUACAGACUCAAUAGAAAUAACAGUACAUUUCCUUUUAGCUUUGACUCUGCAACCUUUAAUUAUACUGAUGAUGAAUUAUUGGCUUAUUCUGAUUACAGUUAUUCUGUAAUAGCUUGCACCAUAGGAGGCUGCACCACCAGUGAUCCAACAUUUAUAAAAACGUUAGAAGCUCCACCAUCUUCAGUAGAUCCACCAAAUGUAUAUUCAUUGAGCUCUACUGAAAUCAAUGUGACUUGGUCAUCACCAUUAAUACAAAAUGGAAAGAUAACAAAUUAUAGUAUUCAAUUAGGUGCUGAAAAUUAUUUUGCUGGAAAAAGUUUAUUAAGAAUUAUAUCGGACCUUAAGCCUUUUACAUUGUACAAUAUCAGUGUACUUGCAUGCACCAAUGGAGGGUGUACAUCUAGCUUGUCCACUUUAUAUAGAACAAUGGAAGCUCCUCCACAAGAUAUGAAAGCUCCAAGCUUCCAAGUAACAGGACCUGAGUCUGUAAAAGUAAUGUGGAAAUUUCCAGAAAAGCCUAAUGGUGAAAUUAGAAGAUAUGAGCUAAGAAGAGAUGAUAUUUUGAUCUAUGCUGGAUCGGAUACACAUUAUUAUGACUUUGCACUAGAACCAGGAAUAGAAUACAGCUAUACUAUAACAGCAAUCAAUGAGCAAGGCCGUACUAUAAGCCCAUCUGCAAAAGUUAAAAGUCUUUCAUCUUCUCCUUCUGGAAUGGAGCCUCCUAAAAUGAAUACCAGAAGUGCACAUGAGGUAUUGGUGUCCUGGAGCCCUCCAUCAAGGCCCAAUGGUGACAUUAUCAACUACACUUUAUCUAUCCGUCACUCUGUGGAAACAGAAGUGAAAAUAUAUUAUUUUAACAAUUCAUUUGCCUCCUAUAUGGGUCGUUCCUUCAUAAUGAAAGAUUUAAAACCAUAUAGUCAGUAUGAAGCAAAGGUAGAAGCUUGUAAUGUAUUAGGAUGUGCCUUAAGUGAAUGGGCAACUGGCUACACUUUGGAAGCCCCGCCUGAAAUGCAACCUGCUCCCAUUAUUGACCUGCAGACCAAUCAGCAAGUGCCUGUCCUGAUUUGGAAUGGCCCAAAGCAUCCUAAUGGGAAAAUAUUAUACUAUGAACUCUAUCGUCAAAAAAUACAAGAUUUAGAAGAUAUUGCUCAUUCUGAAUUGGUUUUCAAUCGGUCAUCAACUUUGUUCAAGGACAUCGAUGUGUUACCAUACACAGAAUACAAAUAUCAGCUAUGGGCAGUAAAUUCUGCUGGGAAAACUGCAAGCUCAUGGACGUACUGCAAAACUGGCCCUGCGGACCCCGAAGGAAUCCUUGCACCCACAUUCAGCAAUGUGUCUUCCACACAAGCGGUGGCAAACAUACCUCCUCCAACACAACCAAAUGGGAUUGUUAGUUUAUAUAGACUAUAUGCCACAAACAAUGAUGGGGCCGAUACUGUGUUGUCAGAAGGAACGUCCAAUAUGCAAAUGAUCUAUGGUUUGAAACCUUUCACCAAUUACUCUAUUAGUGUGGAAGCCUGCACCUGCUUAAAAUGCUGCAGUAGGGGACCGAGAGUUCAAAUAACUACUCAGCCAGCCGCACCUUCUCAGCAGCCAUCUCCACUUAUAACAGAUGUAACUUCAAGAGCAGUUUCUCUACACUGGAACAAGCCACAGUCGCCCAAUGGUAUUAUCGAAAAUUAUGAGGUUCACAUACAAAUCUCCUGCCCUCAACCAAUACAAAUAGUUCUUAUGUUGUGUAUGCCAGGACCAACUGAAGUGAAAUGUGCUGGAAAAGAUGAGAGUUGUAACAUAACUGACCUGGAACCAUAUACAAAUUACAGCAUACGGGUGGUCUCUUUCAACUCCGUAGGUAGCACUGCUUCAGAGUGGAUCAGUUGCAUUACUCAAAAAGAAAAACCAGUCUAUAAUACUCUCCCUAGUAUUUCAAGUAAUAUGACAACAAUAUUCUUGGACUGGAGUCUCAGCUUUCAGCUCAAUGGACAUUUAAAAGAAUUUAUUUUAACGGAAAGAAAACAACGCAUUUAUAGCGGACUAGACACAAGCAUCUACAUUCAGAGAACAACAGAUAAAACAUUUUUCUUUCAGGUAAAAUGCAUCACUGAUAUGGGAAGUGUAUCUACGCCAAUAGUUAAAUACAACUCUGCAACUGGACUUGAUCCAGUAUUGACUUUUCCAAGUGCGAAAAAUGAAACUGAGACCAGCGGUACUAUAAUCUACACUGAACUGUGGUUUAUAAUUGUGAUGGCAAUCUUGGGGUUAAUAUUACUAGCUGCUUUCCUGUCACUUGCCCUGCAAAGGAAGCUGAGAAAGCAGCCAUAUGCUAGAGAACGUCCUCCCUUAGUACCGCUACAGCAGAGGAUAUCUUCAUCUAGCAGUUACUCACAAAAUGGGACCUAUAUGUGUGAACCAGUUGCUGAUGUAUCCUCAUCACAUCGUAUCAUGUUAAAAAGUUACACAAUGCACGCAGAGGGCAUAUCUGAUAUAUCAAUCCCUGGAUUAGAAACUCACUGCACCCACAAUAUUACUGCAGUACGCAAGUCAAGCCAGAUCAGCCACAGCUUCUCGCAGAAUUCUCUUUAUCGCAGUGCCAGCGAGCUGAUUACGUCACAUGACAAAAAGUCCCUCGUAGACAGCUCAGUAUGGGACAGCGGAAUUCAUGGACAUGACAGUAGAAUGUAUGUGGAUGAUGAAGAUCUCAUCAGUACAAUUAAAAGCUUCAGCACAAUGACUAAACAACAUACCGCCUUUACAGACACACCAUUAUAAAACAGUUUAAAAGAAUCAUCUGUAAGAAAACAGAAAGAUGUUUACUGUACUUUCACAUGGCAAAACAAUUUGCUAAAAUUAUUGCAAUAAUCCUGCAGAACUACA